CUUCGUCCUGAGGCCGCAACUUUUCUGACCAAGGUUGCAGGGACACAGCUGGACUCACAAUGCUUUGAGAGGUUUUCAUCCUGGGAGCGUCUGACAAGAGCCGUAGCACGUCUGAGGCACAUAGCCCAGAGUUUCCACGAACCCUCACCUGACACAGGAUGUGUCGGAUGGCAUCACUGCAAGAAAGGAGAAACAGCUUCAGAGCUUACUGCCGCAGAGCGCGUCAUCAUCAAAACUGUACAGCAUGAGGUGUACGCAGAUGAGAUAAGUUGUCUCCAGCAGGGACAAGACUUAGCUGCACAGAGUCCUCUGAAGAAACUUCACCGUGUUAGACGCAGAGGGUCAGCUACGUGUUGGAGGCCGAAUCACUCACUCGAACUUGCUGACUGAUGAGUCUCACCCACUCCUUAUUCCUGGUAAGCACCAUGUUGCCACAUUGCUUAUUCAUCACCACCACUUCAGAGUGCAACACCAAGGAAGGCACUUUAAUGAAGGAGCAGUGCGUGCAAGUGGUCUAUGGAUAGUGGGAGCUCAGCGAGCCAUCAGCAGCAUGGUGUUCAAGUGUGUGAUAUGCAGGCGGUUGCACGGCAAACUGGAACAGCAGCAGAUGGCGGACCUUCCUCAAGAGCGCCUAAAGCAGGAACUUCCAUUCACCUACUUAGGGUUGGACGUCUUCGGACCCUGGGAGGUCGUAACCCGACGGACCCGAGGUGGUAGUGCCAACAGCAAGAGAUGGGCAGUGCUGUUCACGUGCAUGUCCACAAGAGCAGUUCAUAUAGAAGUGAUUGAGACAAUGAGUGCCUCAAGCUGCAUCAAUGCCCUCCGCAGGUUCUUCGCAAUUAGGGGACCAGCCAAGCAGCUACGUUCAGAUCGUGGAACGAACUUUGUGGGUGCCAACUCCAACUUGAAGGCUGCAACGGAAGCUGAGGAAGAAAGUGUGAAUACUUUCCUGUGCUCUCAGAGGUGCACCUGGGUCUUUAACCUGCCGCAUGCCUCCAAUAUGGGUGGGAGCUGGGAGCGCAUGAUAGGUACAGCAUGUCGCAUCCUUGAUUCUAUGUUGCUCCAAGCUGGAAGGUUAAAGGUCACUCACAAAGUUCUGUGCAUGUUCAUGGCGGAAGUCACCGCUAUAAUCAACUCCAGGCCGUUAAUACCGGUCUCCUCAGAUCCUGAAGCGCUGCUGAUACUUACUCCAGUGAUGCUGCUCACGCAGAAGAGUGGUACCAUACCAGCUCCUCCUGCAGAAGGCUCAGAGGCCAGUCUGUUGAAGCAGCAAUGGAAGAGAGUACAGGCCUUAGCAGAGACAUUCUGGGCAAGAUGGAGACGGGAGUACUUGAGCAUACUUCAAGCCAGGCAGAAGUGGCACGCUAAGAAACCAAAUCUCAAGGAAGGAGACAUAGUGCUAUUGAAAGACAAGCAAGCCAGAAGAAAUGAGUGGUCCAUUGGAAGAGUUGAGAAGACCUUCCCAAGUGAUGGACUUGUCAGAAAAGUGGACGUCAAGGUCGCAUCUCAUCAUCCGCCGAAGACUUACCUGAGACCUGUCUCUGACAUGGUUCUACUCCUGGAGGCAGAGACUGUUUAGGUUAAGGGAGUGUGGCAUCUAGGGAUGCUAGGCGGGGAGUGUGAUGCCACGGUGAACAUAUUUUGAUAAGGGCUUUUAUUUUGACAUUCUAAUUUUUAAGACUUUGGUAUAAUGUAACUUCCUGUUCCCGGAGUAGCCAUUUUUUAGUUGUUCAAGGUGAAGGAUACAUGUUAGCUCAGCUCCUCUGAAACUUUAUCUUUCCUUUUGGUGUGGCAUUGCCAUGACAGCGCCCUAUAUAAGGAAAGAGUAAGCAGAGGAAGAGAGCUCUCUCCCCAACCAGAUGGCUGAUGUGUGUGUGCGUGUGUCUGG